UUCCGGGUGUCAAUAUGCGGCUCGGUGCGGCGCUGGGAACCAGAACCACAGGAAAGAUGUGAACCCACGAACCUGCAGCCACCUGCCUCCGCCGAGACGUUCCACCCGACCCUGCAUUCAAAGUGCGUCGUUCCCCGGCUGCCUCGCCACCCAGCCGCUCGCUGCUUUACCGCCCCCGGAGGAGCAGCAGCAGCGGAGCGUCUGCCGUCAAGCAGCCAUCUUUUGUGAGAGAAUGUCCGGGGCGACGCGGCGGGCCUCCUCGGGUUCCAGCCGGGGCCGGAGCCUGGUGAUGCUGCUCAGUGCGCCGCUGCUGCUGUCGGCCGCGGGGCUCCUGUCUGGCUUCCCCGGAGUCGCCGAGGCCAAGGACUGCGACAAAGCGUGCCUGAACGGCCAGUGCAACAACGCCACCGGCAGCUGUGUGUGCUUCCCCGGCUGGGUUGGAGACCUCUGUCAGCACUGCGGAGGACGAUUCAGGUUAACUGGACCCUCUGGGCAUCUCACUGAUGGACCUGGAAACUACAAGUACAAGACCAAGUGCACGUGGCUCAUUGAAGGACAGCCCAAUUCAGUGCUGCGAUUGAGGUUUAACCAUUUUGCAACUGAGUGCAGCUGGGACCACCUCUACGUCUAUGAUGGAGACUCCAUUUACGCCCCCCUGCUGGCUGCUUUCAGCGGCCUGAUUGUUCCGGAGCGCUCGGCGAAUGAGACGGUUCCUGAGGUGCUUUCCACUUCGGGCUACGCUCUGCUGCACUUCUUCAGCGAUGCUGCCUACAACCUGACCGGCUUCAACAUUUCAUACCAGGUGAAUAUGUGCCCCAACUACUGCUCCAAUCACGGAGAGUGCCGCGUGCAAAACGCCACCGGCUCCGUGUAUUGUGAGUGUGAAGCCAACUGGAAGGGAGAAGCUUGUGACACGCCGUACUGCCAGGGCGACUGCGGCCACCCUGAGCAAGGCCAGUGCGAGGACAAGAGUUGUGUUUGCAAGCAAGGAUGGCAAGGUCCAGACUGCUCUGUCCCAGUGCCAGCUAACUCCUCUUUCUGGACCAGAGAGGAGUACAGCGAGCCCGGACUGGCCCGGGCGGCCCACAAGGCCGUCGUGGACCAGGGUCUCAUGUGGGUCGUCGGCGGUUACGUCUUCAACUCGUCAAACUAUCAGAUGGUGAAAGCGUACAACCUCACGAGCAAGGCUUGGUUGACCCUUGAGCCGUCUGUCAACACUGUUACGCCACGAUACGGUCACUCCCUGGCUCUGCAUGAGGGAGCCAUGUACAUGUAUGGAGGGAAAAUCGACUCAACAGGCAACGUGUCCAGUCAGCUCUGGGUUUUCCACAUCCAGAACCAAACCUGGGUCCUGCUAACCCCCCGGGCCAAAGAUCAGUAUGCUGUGGUGGGUCAUUCAGCCCACAUUGUGCCCCCCCUACAGGAGGGAGACAGCCCUGUCAUGCUGGUUGUGUUCGGACACUGCCCUCUGUACGGAUACAUCAGCCAGGUCCAGGAAUAUGACAUCGUGCGCAACACUUGGAGCGUGGUGUCAACAGAUGGGGCACUGGUGCAGGGCGGCUACGGUCACAGCAGUGUCUUCGACGGCAACACUCGAGCCAUUUACAUUCAUGGGGGCUACAAGGCCUUCAGCGCCAACAAGUAUGGCUUGGCAGGAGAUCUCUACAAGCUGGAUGUCGACAGGAGGAAAUGGACCAUCUUAAGAGAUUCUGGCUUCUUCCGGUACCUCCACACCGCGGUGAUCGUCAGCGGCACCAUGCUGGUUUUCGGCGGAAACACACACAACGACACGUCCAUGAGCCACGGUGCAAAGUGCUUCUCCUCAGACUUUAUUGGCUACAAUUUAGCAUGUGAUGAGUGGACCGUCCUGCCUCGACCGGACCUGUACCAGGACGUCAACCGCUUCGGCCAUUCUGCAGUCUUCAGUGACAGUGAAAUGUACGUGUUCGGUGGCUUCAACAGCCUGCUCCUCGACGACGUCCUCAUAUACACCUCGCCUAGCUGCUCGGCAUUUUCCACCUCCGUCGCCUGCACUCAGGCCUGGCCGGGAAUCCACUGCAUGUGGAACAACACUCAGGGGACGUGUCAGCCAUGGGAGAGCAGCAGCAGCAGCAGCAUCGCGGCAGAGAUGCAGCCUCAGUUUAUGUCCUCUUGCAACGCCAGAUCAUAUGCGGAUAGCGAAAGGUGUGAUCAGUACUCAGACUGCUACAGCUGCACCGCCAACACCAACGGCUGCCAGUGGUGUUCGGGCCAAUGUGUUUCUCUGGGAAGCAACUGCACCGCAGCUCUGGGAGCCAUAGCGGAGUUCGAAGUUUGCCCAAAGGACAAUCCAACUUUCGUCUGCCAAAAGAAAACCAGCUGCAAAAGCUGUGCUGUGGAUCAGAACUGCCAGUGGGAGGCACGCAACCAGGAGUGCAUCUCACUUCCAGAGAACGUGUGCGGCGAAAGCUGGCAUCUGGUGGGCAAUUCCUGUCUGAAGUUUAUUACAGCUAAUGACUCCUACGACAACGCCAAGCUGGCGUGUCGCAGCCACAACGCCGUCCUGGCUUCGCUGACCACCCAGAAGAAGGUGGAUUUCGUCCUGAAGGAGUUGCAGAUAAUGAGUGUGGUGUACAAAGCCUCUGUGACUCCGUGGGUGGGGCUGAGGAAAAUAAACGUGUCCUACUGGUGCUGGGAGGACAUGUCGCCGUUCACCAACACUUCUCUUCAGUGGCUGCCCGGCGAGCCCAGCGACGCAGGCUUCUGCGGCUACCUUGCCGAGCCUGCUUCCAGUGGACUGAAAGCCCAAACCUGCAUCAGUCCCGUCAACGGCAGCCUGUGUGAGCGUCCGGCCAAUCACAGCGCCAAGCAGUGCCGAACGCCGUGCGCCAUGCGGACCACCUGCACCGACUGCACCAGCAGCAGCUCCGAGUGCAUGUGGUGCAGCAACAUGAAGCAGUGCGUCGACUCCAACGCCUACGUGGCCUCCUUCCCCUUCGGCCAGUGCAUGGAGUGGUACACCAUGAGCACCUGUCCACCUGAGAACUGCUCCGGCUACAGGACCUGUGGUCAGUGUCUGGAUCAGCCGGGGUGUGGCUGGUGCACGGACCCCAGUAACACAGGCAAAGGCCAGUGCAUCGAGGGCUCGUACCGAGGUCCCUUCCAAACGUCCGUUCCCGCUCCAUCGACUCAACCUGGACCUGCUGCCGACCCCCAGCCGGCUCUGAACUCCAGCAUGUGUCCCAGCGAAGCCAAGUACAACUGGUCCUUCAUCCACUGCCCCGCGUGCCAGUGCAACGGUCACAGCCGCUGCGUCAACCAGAGCGUGUGUGAGAAGUGCGAGGACCUCACCACCGGCCGGCACUGCGAGAGCUGCAUCUCCGGAUUCUACGGCGACCCCACCAACGGGGGCAGCUGCCAGCCCUGCAAAUGUAACGGCCAUGCCAGCAUGUGCAACCCCAACAACGGCAAAUGCUUCUGCACCACCAAAGGAAUUAAAGGAGACCGCUGCCACUUGUGUGAAGUGGAGAACCGUUACCAAGGCAACCCUCUUAAAGGAACCUGCUACUACACACUUCUCAUCGACUACCAGUUCACCUUCAGCCUGUCGCAGGAGGACGACCGCUACUACACCGCCAUCAACUUUGUGGCCACACCGGAGGAGCCGAAUCGGGAUCUCGAUAUGUUCAUUAACGCGUCCAAGAAUUUCAACCUGAACAUCACCUGGGCCACCAGCUUUACAGCGGGAACGCAGACGGGCGAAGAGAUCCCCAUCGUGUCACGGAGCAACAUCAAGGAUUUCAAAGACAGUUUCUCCAACGAGAACUUUGAUUUCCGCAACAGCCCGAACAUCACCUUCUUCGUCUACGUCAGCAACUUCACAUGGCCCAUUAAGAUCCAAAUCGCCUUCUCACAACACAGUAACUUCAUGGACUUGGUGCAGUUUUUCGUCACGUUUUUCAGCUGUUUCCUGUCACUGCUCCUGGUCGCUGCUGUGGUUUGGAAGAUAAAACAAAGCUGCUGGGCAUCACGGCGGAGAGAGCAACUGCUGAGGGAGAUGCAGCAGAUGGCCAGUCGGCCUUUCGCCACCAUCAACGUCGCCUUGGAGACAGACGAGGAGCCGCCUGACCUAAUAGGUGGCAACGUCAAGUCGGUUCCAAAACCCAUCGCCCUGGAGCCCUGCUUCGGGAACAAAGCCGCCGUGCUCUCCAUUUUUGUGCGAUUACCCCGAGGAAGCGGUGGCAUCCCUCCUCCAGGACAGUCUGGUCUGGCAGUGGCCAGUGCCCUGGUGGACGUCUCUCAGCAAAUGUGUCUAGGCUACAAGGAGAAGUCCGGGGGCCUGAGGAGCCGCAAACAGCAGCCUGCGGCGCAGCCCUCCACCUGCAUCUGACCGCACCCCUGACCCUCCAUCAGGGACUGAGCCGGCCGGGCCGGGAGAGGUGCGUGCUGCGAGGCGCCGGGGCCUCUCCGCCCCGAUAAGGGACCUCUCAUGAACCCGGAGGAGGAGGAAGACGGGGUGAAUGUUUGCCCUCUAAAAACACGCCUUGCUGCUAGAAGAGCUCUUCAUCUGAUAGAUUUAAUAGACUGUACAACCAACAACGUUCGAUGUUUUACCUAAUUUAUUGUUGUUUUAGCGCGGGAACUUGCUGGAAACCUCCUGCUUUGCACACACACACACACACACACACACACACACACACACUAUUCCCAAAAUGCCUUGCUGCCGUACUCCUGAGUUGCCCAUUUCCUCGGACUUGUGCUCAGUUUGGCCUCUGAGCAGGAAAACAACGUCUUCCUUUAAUGAAGAUUCGCAGACUGAAAGUAUCUGGAACGGCUCAGAGUUUUCAAACCGGUGUCAGGAGCAAGCAUCCGGACCUCGCCGGCGCCAGUCACAGCAGAACGCUCUCACCCACGUGGCUGCAAGGCUGUGCAGAGCAGAGCCAGGCCUCUCUCCAGGUAAUGUGGCAGUUCUUGCACAGUGUUUUGUUUUCCGGAUCGUCUCUCGGGCAGCUCCUGAACAGGUCUCUGUUAUGAGGCUAGUCUGAUCCUGAAGUGGACCCAGCUCGCUGCCACUGCACUGGUCUUUUCUUUGAACCCUACUAACUUGUGAUUUUUUUUUUUUUAAUCUGUUUUGGAGCGACACCUUGUGUGAGUCAGGUCCUGCAACAUGACUAAAUCAUCUCCCGUAGCUUGAGUCCGUGUGUGUGCUUCACUCCUGCGUCCGUCCGGUCGGUCCUUAUUAGCCUCUCGAUCAAAAACAUCCAGGCGUGUGGGUCAGAAGUUUGACCAACCUGGGACAGGCCCGGAACAAACUGAAGGAAGUUGCUUUGGGGGACAAGAAGCGUAGAAGACGUCAUAAACGUGUUGCUGCCCUCCGUACCAGUAACCGCGAUCAAGCUAGCUCAAUAUUCCCGCAGUAUAACUCGAGACAUUUCCUGAGACCUUGUGAUUGUUUUGUGUAGCUUUUUGUUUGAUGAUGAUGAACACUUUGUUUCAUGAAGCCUCAUUGGCCCCAUCACUACUUGACAGUGAAAAAGAAAGAGUCUCAGGAUUUCCAGAGCACUGUAGGUGGCGUCAUUGGCUUGAGGUUUCAUUCAAAUAGGUAUUUAAAGCCAAUGAUUUUAGUGCCACCUAGUGGCCUCUGAAAAUGAAGACACUGUUUCAUGAAGCCUCAUAAGAUCAUCUAAACUGUGAAGCGUAGCAGGAGUUUGAACUGUGGCAGUGCGUCAUGGGACUCUGAGUGCUACUGGACGGGCCGCGCACAGAGCCAGCUGAAAGAUCAAAGAUGUUCUUGCGUUGUCAGUUUUCUUCCGACUCACUCGUAAUUCUACUUUCACGCUGUGAUGUAGCUUUUCUCACCAUUGUUAUGCUAAACUAGCGCAGAACCAGACUGUACGCUAGUGAUGUGCUAGUGAGGCUUCAUGAAACAGAGUCCUCAUUUUCAGAGCCCACUAUGUGGCGCCGUGUGCUCUAAAGUCUUUGGAUUUGAGAAACCACUUCACAUUGUUUUUGAACCGAAAGCGCCAUCUGCUGAGCUCUGAAAAUACUGACACAGUUUCAUGAAGCCUCCUGAGCCCGUCACUGCUGCAUACAUUAAGUUGGCGGAGGAUGAUGACAGCUCGCGGUUGAUAUCACAAGUGUGAUGGAAGGAAAGUUCUCAUGCAUAGGUUCAUGAAUGUGUUUGUGGUCCUGGUAUGCCAGCGUCAUGAGGGAGAGGACGCCAGUCCAACUCAAGACACUAGUAGAGCGCAAACCUCCACCAAGCCAAACCAAUGAAAAGUCAAGCCAAGGAAAACAUAACCACCUUGUGGGAGGUAGUUGGUUAGCAUCUAACACGUGAAGUGAGAAAGACUUUUGUCGUUGAGUUGAAAUGAUCCGUCAAAACAAAGUGCCGCCAAGUCAGUGGCGGCUAACGGCUCUUCCGACACAAGUCCCAUUAAGUGGAGCAUAUUAAUCGAAGCGUUGCAUGUGAUGAAUUCUGCCGCCGUGCAUGCGCUUUACAGCUCACCAUCUGGAUAAAGGGCAAACUCUUAGCACUGAGAAAAGGUCAGCGCAGGAAGCAUGAACCAGUUGACAUUCUGUAAUUUCAGAGCGCUGGAUGUGCCGACAAGCGCCGUCACCGCGGAUGUGCGGCGAAGAAGCGCUUCAUUAUCCCUGCAAGGUCCGGGGCGCGACAGACGGCUUUCGUUCGGAUCGCUCCACCAUCUUCGCUUACAAGUUCAGAUCCUUUACAGGGAUGAGGCUUCAUGAAACAGUGUCACGACUCAGAGCUGCACAGGUGUGCUUUAAAAUGACUUGCUUUGAAAUAUGUGUUUGAAGAUGAAGAUUUUAGAUCAGACAGCACCAUCUAGUUGGUAAAUGAGCACACUGUUUCAUGAAGCUUCAUCAGCCCAUCACUACUUUACCAGGAGCGUGUUUCAGUCGUGGUCGCUCAGGUCAGCUCAGCUCAGGAGAGGACCCGGGGUCAGAUGGCAGCAGUCUACUUCUGACACCAUUUGUCGCGCCCUGUCCUCACACGCUCCAGACUGACUCGCGCUGAACUGGCAGGGAAAUAUUCAGCCGCUCAUUUGGGGAAGAUGAAGCGUAUUCCGGCUCUGAGUCAAACUCCUCUCUCUUAAAAACACACACUCGCUGUCAGCCAAACUUCCCACACACGAGCGAAAGGUUUCAAAAGAACCGUAAAUAAAAGUUCUGUAAUGGGCUCUGGCUCCUGCCCACGGAGGGUUUUUACAUUUUAAUGGUUCUGGAUCUGUGAAUGCGCGGCGCUUUCUUUGCUCACGUUCUGUGCAGCGUCUCUGCCGCGACCCUCCAGCAGGAAGUAGCUGCGGCGGGGUUGCGCUCCGUGUGGGCGGACCUCGCCGCGCCUCCCUGCCGCGCCUCACGGAACACCAAGCGUCGCCGCGCCGUUGUCUCAUCACUGAACAUGUGUUUUGAAGCGGAGUUUGCCUCCUACGUUUGUCAAGACGGCAGCGUCUGCUGAAAGGAAAAACGUUUACGUCAGAGAUGAACAGUCGACGACUGCUGCUCCUCUGUUGUCCAGAAAUCACUGACCAACAAGUCCAACUAACGUGUCGCAGAGCGCUGACUUUUUCGGUGAGAAAAAAGUAAAGACUUGCAAAACAUUAAUCCAAAAGUGUUGAAAUUACUUUCAGUAAAUAAUCUUUGUAGAACAAGUGUUUGCUCUGCUUAUCAAUUUCCAAAAAAAGAUCAAUCAUUGAUCUGAUCUAAACAUGUUUUACUUCUUGACUUUUUCAAUGAAAUCUGUGUUGUGUACUUCUCCCAAGUGAAUGUAUUAAACAGACUUUGAGUCAAUGUACUUCAGUUAUGGUUCAAAUGAAAAGUAGAUAUUUAUUUUUCCCCCUAAUAAUUUACCUGUUGAAUUUCACCUCAAAAUUUUAUUCCCACUUUAAUUUUCCCGUACAUUACUUCUACUGUUGUGGUGCAUUGAGGGUGGGAGCGCGUUUAACGUUGCUACUGUGGCAGUUGGACUUUGCGUCGCCCGUGACUUGCACCUUAACUUAAAAGUCGCAAUGUUUCCGUCAUAAAUACGAAUCUGACGCUUGAAUAAAUCGGCUAUGAGAUGCUGAGCUGUUUCAAGAUCAACUGCUCGACCUCUUGCCACGAAACGUCUCCAGUGACGUUGAUAUUUAUGCUAAUGCUAAAGCUAACCAUGCGAAAUGCGCUAGUGAGAUCAUUUGUGGUGUGUUUCUAGCGUGAUGAAGAAGGGAUCGCGACUGUUUGACUGUUAAAUGCUAGAAAAGUUGAAUGUCCACUGUCGGCAUGAAUCGCAUUUUAGAAAUCCGACUUAGUCACCUUGAAUUUACCCCAAACAGCUCAAGUGUUUUGUCGUAGCGGCGCGUCUUUUCCUUUUUAGUGAGGUUUGAAUUGGAAAUCUGAGCCUCUGCUCUCAGCUCCUGAACGAUGCAAUAAAUCCAGAAAGAUGAGCACAAGUGAAUCAAAUCUGGGUCGGACCUCAGAACACCGCUGGCUGACUUCAGAUGUCUAUAGAGUCUAACUCUCGUGCGCGAGUCCGUUCUGUGUGGCGGCUCAAAGAGGCGACCAGCUCCCUCCAUCUCACGCCGACUAACUUGACCUUUUUUUUUUUGUUUCAACGUCCAACACUGACGUCCAGAGUUGUCUCACCUUCUUUUGUACGGCGGCAUUAUCAAUGAGACAGAAACCUACAGACGGAAGUAGUUUGUGAAUAUGUAUAAUUUCGCUCUUUUGUAAAUACCGAGGAAAUAUUAUGAAUGAUGUUUUGGUUUCAGAUCAUUUAUGAUAAACACUUGAGGCUUUGAAAAAAUGCGACAGCGGCGUCUUUUUGUAUGUGAAAACAAAGGAGCAUAAUUCAAGCUGAUGAACAUGUCUGUGUACCACUGCAGGAAACUAGCUAACCGGGUUUGUAAGUACUGAUGUACAUAAAAGAAUGGCAGAGCAUUUUUGUCUAUUAAUAAAUGUGAAAUUCUACUGUCGUGUCACUGUUUGUGUUUAUUCAGCAGGAAUCACGAAUCUGCUCCGACUGUUGCAGUACAUUAUGGGUCAGAGGUUGACGCUGUGUCUUGAGAGUGGCUGGAGUCCAUCCCAGCUACCUGGGGCGAGGGGCGAGAAAACUUUUCGUCAACUUCUCUUCCUCACUUUUUCUCCUCCCUCCCUUCUGGUUUCACCUCCAUCGAUCCACCGUCCGUUUCAAUUCUUCCCAUCUCAAUAAUUCUCUUCCUUCCCUCCACACGUUUUCGUUCCCACCCACACUUUUCCUCAGCAGUUCUGUUUUCUCUUUAUGACUUCCAACCUCUUCACACAGGUUUUUCUGCUCACAGCACCUUGUCUCUUACCUUCUCAUCCUCCUCUCCUCUGAUUCUUCUCUCCACAUUUGUUGUGUUUUUCCACUGUAACCUGAAGAGAGGUUUAGUUCCUGAAGCAGAGCCGGCGAAUCGGAGAGGACCUCGUGUAAACCCUGAACGGGAUCGGUCGAGAGGUUCCUUGUUUAGAUUUCGAUAAAAUGUCAGCCGACAGUAACGUUCUCUGGAGAGAAACACAAACUUGUGUGCCACACAGGUCUCAUGAUAUUGUGUCUAGCAAUUCAUGACUCUGCCCCAAUGUUAUUUAGAUAUAUAAAAUGUAUAUAUUUUCUCUUUUUUUGUCACUGCGCUUUGUUUUCCUUUUGUUUAAUUGUGGAAAGUUGUGCAGCUUUGCGUGUUCUACUGUGUGUACAGUUGCUUUGUGUACGUCAUUGAUAUUUAGUGUCUUUACUGUCUUUAUUGUCUACUGUUGUGGUGCAUUAUGGGGCUUGAGAGGUGAGAGCACAUUUAACGUUCAGUCACCAUCGCGGUAAUUCUGUCGUAAAUGGGAAUCUUUUGCUGAAAUAAAUCAGCUACGAGAUGCUGAGCUAUUUGAAGAUCAACUGCUCCACCUCUAGUAGAGAAAUGUCUCUAGCGGCGUUGAUCUUUAUGCUAAUGCUAAAGCUAACCAUGCGAAAUGCAAAGAAGCGCUAGUAAGAUCACUUGUUCGUAUGUUUCUGUGGUGACGCAGAAGGGAUCACAUUGUUUGUUAAACGCGAGAAAAGUUAAAUGUCUACUGUCGGCAUGAAUCGCGACUUUGUCGCCACGAAUUUUCCCCAUUUUGUUGUAGCUUCUUUUCCAUUUGCGUUUUAGUGAGGUUUGAAUUGGAAAUGUGAGCCUCAUGUUGUAAAGCAGUGCAGUUGAUUCAACAACACAAUUUAAUACAUUUGCAGUACAACUUUAACCCGUGUUAUUGACUCGUAACUGUCGAUUUUCCGCCUCAAAUUUUGUGACAUUUUUGUGUUUGAGUUGUCGUUGAAUUUCCCCAGAAGAGUCCGAAUGAUGUGGCCACAUUUGUCGCGGCCAUGUUGCCGUCAAACAUCAGGGAAAUCACGAGUGAAGCAGCUCAUUCUUCCACGCUAUGUUUUGGCCCGUCAUUAAAAAUCGUACCAUCUUCCUCCGCUGUAGCAGGAGUCGCUUCUCUGCCCACAGCCGCCGCUUCUCUUUUCUGUUGUUGAGAAAUUAUGAAUGUUUCUUUUCCACAUUGCCGCUCAGAGAAAUGAGCUCGUUGUUGCGGCGCAGUAAUGAUCUGAGCGAGUUUUGGGGCGACUGACACCUCCAGUUCCAGGAGCGUCCUGCAGUGCUGCCGCCUGUCUGCCGCGCCCUGAACUGAGGCGGAGCCGCUUCUCCCUCAGACUCGACACCUCCACCCAGCUUCCAACACACUCACACACGGUUCACACCAGGGUCUCUUUUAUUAAAGCGUCCGAUUCAAGUUGUAAAAGUUUUCAUAAAUACAUGUUUCAGUCGACCCGCACAGGUGUCACACACACAGGGAAUAUACGGCGUGGGAUACACACGUCACAGGCCAGAUGGACACUUCCCCACGUGUGUGUCGGGGCCGGUCUCCACGGCGCCCCCUGGCUGCUGGGUCACAGAGGAGAAGCAGGACCUGAGGGUCCCGAGCCGUCAGUCGGAGGACCAGCUUGUGUUCAAGAGCAGCUGACGGCGGCUCUCCAACUGGGGACGGUCAGACACGCAGCAGCAGCAGGAUCUGGUCAGCAGAGGCAUUCAGUUUUACUGGAGGCGUGGAUGAGUGACAGGUGGGUUGGUGAUUGUCAGGAUGACGGAGUGAUGUCCCCCAAACAAACUCAUCAGCUCCUCAAGCUGAUGGUGAGUGGUGCGAGUGAGAGCAUGAACCAUCCCACUCACUCACUCAUUCAGUCCGUUUAUUGUCGUUCUGAUCCAAACGCUUGGUCUCCUUCUUCUUCACGUGG